AUGGCAAGUACGGUAUCUUACGCGAGUCAGACUUCCACAGCAAGAGUGUGUCGUUCCAGGCGCGAUGUCAAGAAGAUGGGCGAGUUCAACGAACCAGAAUGGGAGACCAUGGAGCUCGUUAAAGUGUACAUGAAAGACUACAAUACGUGCACGUUGCCUCACGAAGAAUACUACGAUAUUGAAAAGUACGAGAUGAAGCGCUACCACAAGCAGCAGCGCAAGGCAUACGCGAAGCAAAAGAAUGCGUCCGACAUAACUUUAUUUGGAUACUCUGGCCGAAGAAGACCGUGUGUGGCGCGAGCGCCAGGCAGCACGCGAGAAGAAGGAGGAAUUCUGUCUCGUACUGCAGCUCAUGGAUAA